CCGUUUUGUGGCCGUGACCCCUAAAUAUGUUUUUAAGUUUUUUUAACUGCGUUUAUUUACUUUUUUAGGUAUUUUAUUUAAGUUUUUUUUGUUUUUUUAAUCACGUCCAUCCCAGACAUGAUUUGGGGUGCGACCGCGCGUUGGGCUCACCCAUGACCCAACGGACAAACGCGGACAUGGGCGAACCCAUUGCCGCCCCAAAAGGACAAAAUCCGGCCAAACCGGAUGUCCAUUUGAGGUCGUGCGGUGGAGUUGGCCUUAGGUUUGGCUGCGAGGUCUGUGUAUUAUCCCUUCAUCUAUUGGAUAGGAGUAGUGACAGAUGUUGCCUAGAUGGUGACUUUAGUUUUACUGUUGUAUGACUUUAUAAUGUCUUGCGGGGCUACGGCCUCCCACGCCAGGAAUCCUCGCAAAGCAUGACCAAAAAGUUCGCAUUUAUUCCGCGUCCUCCCCAUCACCUUCUCUUCACUCCCAGGACACUGGCCACUCCCCCGGUCACCACAGCCAUCGAACCCACCACAAACACGCGCGCGCGCAUCAUGUGCACGUUCGUCUCGCCAUCGUCGGCCAUGCACCUUCGCAGCCAACUCCGCCGUGGGCGCGUCGCCGCCGCCGCCGCCGCCGCCAUCCUGCUCGUGAUCGGCCUCGGCGCCGGGUUCACGGGGGCGGACACCGACACGUUCAUCUACGCGGGGUGCUCGCCGUCCAAGUACCAGCCGGGGACCCCCUACGAGGGCAACCUCAAGUCGCUCCUCGCCUCCAUCACCGACGCGGCGCCCAACGCCGCGUACAGCAGCUUCGCCAACGGCACGGGCGACGGCGCCGCCGCGUACGGGCUCUACCAGUGCCGCGGCGACCUGGGCAACGCCGAGUGCGCGGCGUGCGUGCGGGACGCGCUGGCGCAGCUCGGCCAGGUGUGCCCGGGCGCCUACGCGGCGUCGCUGCAGCUGGAGGGGUGCUACGUGCGCUACGACGGCACCAACUUCGUGGGCCGGCCGGACACGGCCAUGGUGUACCGCAAGUGCAGCGCCAGCACCAGCGCCGACGCCGGCUUCCUCCGGGACCGGGACGCCGUGCUGGGCGCGCUCCAGGCCGCGGCGGCCGACGGGUACAGGGUGGGCAGCUCCGGUAGCGUGCAGGGGGUCUCGCAGUGCCUGGGCGACCUGGCCGCCGCCGACUGCACGGGGUGCCUCGCGCAGGCGGUCGGGCAGCUCAAGGGCGCCUGCGGCACGGCGCUCGCCGCCGACGUGCACCUGGCGCAGUGCUACGUCCGGUACUGGGCCAGCGGCUACUACUUCCGGCCGUCACAAGAUUAUUCGCAAGAUGACGUGGGGCGGACUCUGGCCAUAAUCAUAGGCAUCUUGGCAGGGCUGGCCCUCAUCGUGGUCUUCAUCUCCUUCCUCAAGAAAUCAUGUUAAUUAAUCUAACUAGGUCGCCUCCUGGAAGAACCGUCAGUUCUCGCAUACUGGCAUACGGGCCCGAGACCGAACGACUUGCGAAAGACAGAUCCACGCUAGCAUCAAGGGAGCUUCACAAAGAUCUUGAUCUCAUCUUGUCAGCAUUAGCUUAUGUAAGUGAUCUUGGUAGGGCUGCCUGUAGGAGGAGCACUACCUUACUGCAAUGGGUCAUCAGUUUUGGUCCACUAAUCAUGGCUCACCUGUUUAUUAUUACCAAAUCAGAUGGCACUGCCAACCAUUGUCACGAAAAAAAAAAGAUGGCACUGUCAUGCAAAGACAUUGACACACUUUUGCUACAUAG